AUGGACAGUUUGGUAGAUAUCCUGAAGCACCCGGAGGAAAUCUGCCCAUUGAUAAAAUUGAGAAUGGUGGUCCUUGGAGCAGAGAAGCGAACCCUUCCUCAGCCACAUUGGGCAUUUUGCUAUACUAUCAUGAGCAAGGUCGCCCGCAGCUUUGCCAUCACUAUUGUUCAGCUGGACGAGACGCUGCGGGAUGCUAUACUGAUAUUCUACUUGGUUCUUCGUGCACUCGAUACUGUCGAGGAUGAUAUGAGCUUGUCUUCGCAAGUAAAAAUACCGAUCCUCAAAGAUUUCCACGAAUACAUCUACGACCAUGAUUGGCACUUUGUGUGUGGUUCUUCUGAUUGCAGAGUCCUCAUGGACCAAUUCCAUCUCGUCCGGAAAUCCUUCUUGGAGCUCGAUAAAAGCCACCAAGAUGUGAUCAAGGAUAUUACCAGAAGAAUGGGAGCAGGGAUGGCAAAAUUUAUAGACAAGGAGGUUGAGACGAUCGAUGACUUGAAUGAGUAUGCCCACUAUGUCGCUGGACUUGUUGGGGUUGGACUCUCGAAAAUCUUUCAUGCCUCCAGUAUAGAGGACUUAUCUCCAGAAUAUCUCUCCAAUACCAUGGGUUGCCUUCUUCAGAAAGCAAAUGUCAUCCGUGACUAUCUCGAAGAUAUAGAGGAGAUUCCUAGGCCGCGUAUGUUCUGGCCUCGUGAGAUUUGGAGCAAGUAUGUGAAUAAAUUGGAGGAUUUGAAAAACGAAGAGAACUCUAUUGAGGCAGUCCACUGCCUAAACCACAUGGUCACGAGCAGUUUUGUCUAUGUGGAAGAUUGCUUGAAGUACUUGUCGGCAUUGAAAGAUCCUGCUGUCUUUCGAUUCUGCGCAACCCCGCAGGUUAUGGCAAUUGGAACAUUGGCGCUAUGCUACAACAAUAUCAACGUCUUCAGAUCCAGAGUGAAACUGAGACGUGGUCUUAUAGCGAAGAUCAUCGAGAGAACAAGAACGAUGUCCGACGUAUAUGGUGCCUUCUUUGAGUUUUGCAGCUGCAUGAAGUCUAAGGUCGAUAAACACGACCCAAAUGCAAGUAAAACAGAGAGCAGACUCGAAGCUAUACAGCAGAUCUGCAUCAACUCAGGAAUGCUAAAUUACAGGAGAUUUUACAUUAUGAGGAGCGAGAAGGGCUAUGAUUCAGCUCUGAUUGCGGGACUAUUGGCGUUUCUGUCGAUCUUUGCUUAUUUAUCAGCCAACCAUCUACUUGAAAUCUUCAAAGAGCGUCCAGUCACGUCAAGGCUUCAUACGUCUUCAGGAAUGAAAGGAAACACGAAAAUGCUACUGAUGAUAAUCAACAUCAGAGCCUUUUGA